AUGAUAUACAAUGGGGCUCUGGGCUUUGGAAGAGGCCGUUUGGCUUGUCGAGCCCGCUUUGGAACAAAGGGAAUCAAUAGCACACUGCUAGCACGCAGAGGGAUACUUACCGAGAGCUAUGCUAGAGGUCCAUCAGGCUUGACGCGCAUUUCUCCAAGGUCGUGGCCGAACAAGGAGAUCAAACAGCGUGAGCACCUACAUAUACAUUCGCGGGAACAGAAACUCACAAACACGACUUUGACCACUAGUGUUAUUUCAAGACAUCAGAACGAUAGAGCGACGUAUGCUUCCUUGGAUAGCCGAAGCAAUGCACUUGCCAGAGGAUUAGAGUCUGUUGGUGUUCGGAAGGGGACUCGAGUAGGAGUGAUGCUUGGAAAUUCAAUGGAAUACGCUGUGGCGACAUAUGCUCUAUUCAAACUCGGUGCCAUUCUGGUCCCGCUCAACCCGUCUUUCAAUGCAGGGCAAGUGAUUGCAGCAUUGGGUCAUCUCGAGUCCAGUCACCUUCUUAUAAGUACCGAGUCUAACCUGCCCCGGAAACAACCUCGAAGCAAUAUUCCUUUAGUUGAUGAACUCAUUGGAGACAUUCAUGGUGCAAAGCUGGAGUCUUCCCUAGUUCCUUCGCUAAGACAGAUCAUAAUGGUCGACAACUCGGAGGGUCGCGUGGAUAUAUCAUCUUACAAAAGCUUGACGCCGUUUACAUCUAUAAUGUCCCAACUUACCGCAGACGGCCGUCCACUGCCCCCGCAAGAUCUUUCACCGCAUGAAACCGUGAACAUUCAAUUUACAUCCGGAACAACAGCGAUGCCCAAGGCAGCAUGUUUGAGCCAUCACUCAAUCUUGAACAAUGGCUCUCAGAUCGGUGAUCGCAUGCUUCUCACGCCAGACGAUAUUGUCUGUUGUCCACCUCCGCUCUUCCAUUGCUUCGGUAGUAUUCUGGGUUAUAUGGCGACGGCAACACAUGGCUCAGCCAUUGUGUUCCCGAGUGAAUCCUUCAAUGCACGUGCGGCAUUGAGAGCAGUGCAAGAAGAAAGAUGCACCGCGCUGUACGGUGUGCCAACUAUGUUCCUUGAGGAACUUAGCUUGAUCGAGACCGGAGAGAUCUCCCGUGAUGGUUUCCAACACCUCCGGACAGGCAUUGCCGCCGGGAGUAGCAUUCCGUCUGAAAUUAUGAAAAAGCUACACAGGGUAUUGAACUUGACGGAAUUGACAAUCUGCUAUGGAAUGACCGAAACAAGUCCCGUGUCGGCUAUGACAGCCACGGACGAUCCAAUGGACAAAAGGAUUAGCUCCGUUGGAAAACUAAUGCCACAUGUCCAGGCAAAGAUCGUGAAUCCGGGGGAUGAGAGAGGGAUAAUGCCCUUGGGUGCCCGGGGCGAGUUGGCUGUUGGAGGAUACCUUCUGAUGAAAGAGUAUUGGGGAGACCCAGAAAAGACAGCGGAAGUGAUGAUUCCAGAUGCCACCGGUAAGAUAUGGAUGCAUACCGGAGAUGAGGCUUCCAUGUCACCCGAUGGAUAUAUCACCAUUACAGGACGAAUCAAAGACUUAAUCAUCCGCGGAGGGGAGAAUAUCCACCCUCUUGAGAUCGAGAACUGCUUGCUAGCAAACAGUGCCAUUUCUGACGUGUCUAUCGUUGGAGUCCCUGAUGUGAGAUAUGGUGAGGCUGUGGCUGCUUUUGUGGUACCCCGAGAGCAUAGCUCAAAGAGGAUCACUGCCGAGGAAAUCCAGCAAUGGGUGCGCGAGAAACUUAGCAACCAUCUUGUUCCGAAGCACGUCUUCUUUCUCGAGCCCCCGGAGUCAUUUCCCAAGACGGCAAGUGGGAAGAUCCAGAAGUUCAAACUGAGGGAGAAAGCCAUUGAGCUUUUGACGAGGCUUGCUGUAUAA